UCCAUUGGUACCAUCAGCGCAGAACAACCAUCCAAACUGACUCUUUCGCCUUGACGUUACUUCAGUCGCCACUGUGAUUGAUUCUCGAAGGUGUACCUACACCUACCUUACUUCUCAGAGUUGCUGCGUGCACAUUCCAUCCAGGGAUUCCGGAAACUUUUACAAGCACACCACGAGGUCUUGAUCACUAUGCUUCCUCUCACCGGGCGCGCUGUCUCAGGCGCUUUGCAUGCGCGACCGCUGCCGGCGUCACGUUUCUUCCGACCGCAGAAUAUGUCACGUCUUUCAACAUCAGCUAUCAAAUCGGCGACAGCUCUCGAACGGCAAGGGCAGCCUGGUCAACAUCUCACUGCUUCUGGCAAGGUACGAAAGGAGGUACCAUUGCCCAGUCAGGAGAAAAAGCAGGGUGCGAUGCAAUAUGUGCUGACCACUCUUGAUCAAGUUGCCAACUGGGCACGACAGAGCUCACUUUGGCCCAUGACGUUUGGGCUUGCUUGCUGCGCCGUGGAGAUGAUGCAUCUUUCGACACCAAGAUACGAUCAAGAUCGCCUGGGAAUCAUUUUCAGAGCCUCUCCUCGACAAUCUGAUGUAAUGAUUGUUGCCGGUACCUUGACAAAUAAGAUGGCACCCGCUCUUAGACAGGUUUACGAUCAAAUGCCUGAUCCGAGAUGGGUUAUCAGUAUGGGAAGUUGUGCGAACGGUGGAGGAUAUUACCACUAUAGCUACUCUGUCGUUCGUGGGUGCGACAGAAUUGUCCCUGUGGAUGUUUAUGUCCCUGGAUGUCCGCCUACAUCCGAGGCACUGAUGUACGGAAUUUUUCAACUCCAAAAGAAGAUGAGGCACACCAGGAUCACGCGCAUGUGGUACCGUCGUUAGUUCCGCGAUUUCAAGUCGUGCACUAUACUGGGUAAAUUUUAGUGGCAGCAGGAUCUAAUACACCAGCGUUCUUCUCCCCAUAAAUAGGUGUUUAUGAACUACUCGUCGUUCGCGCAGUCUUGCAAAUAACAGUCUAUUUACUCUUUCUUGGUUAUAUGGCACUCAUGCA